UCCUUAUCGCACAUCGCACUACCAGGUAACAUCAUGUUUUGUCUGACUUUCUUGAUAAUAUUUGGCACAGCCACUGCUUUGAAACUCCCAGAUAGAGGACAACUUGACUUGGAUGACUUUGACAUACGCAAACUCUACAACGAGUACCUUCAGGCACACGGGAAAGUAAGAAAUCCCGAAGAGUACCCGAAGCGGCUAGAGAUUUUUAAGAAAAGCUUAGAACACAUCAGAGAACGCAACGCUAAAUAUCCACAAGUCGAGUACGGACUCGACCGUUAUUCGGAUCUGACGGCCGAGGAGAAGCAGCGUUACUUCGGGUCGUUACCCUUUGACGAGACGCUGGAAGGUCUGAUGACCACACUGGAGUACCCUCCUGAAGCCAUCACGGCUCCUGACGAGUGGGACUGGCGGGUACACAACGCGGUCACUGAAGUAAAGGAUCAAGGACAAUGUGGCAGCUGUUGGAUUUUUAGUGCGAUUGGCAAUAUUGAAGGGCAAUAUGCAAUUAAAUACAAGGAGUUGUUAUCAUUUUCGGAGCAACAGAGUGUGGACUGCGUCAAGCCGCUCUCUUGUAAUGACAACUGCGCCGGAGGGUGGCCUCACCGCAGCAUGAUGCACUACCAGUUUACUAACUUUUUGGAUAAAUCACCCUACAUAGUAAGGUUGGAGGACGAUUAUCCGUAUAUUGGCCUUACAAAGAACGUAUAUUGCAAGGAAAGGGAGGCAAGAAUGCAAUAUACAGGAAUAGUCGUUACUUCGGUCAAAGUCAUUCAAACGGAUGAAGAGUCAUUGAAACAACUAUUGCACGAAACUGGGCCUUUGUCAACCCGUAAGCGAAUUGAAAUUUGGAUACGACUCAAAACUUGUCAUAAAUCGAUGAAAACCACAGGAAGCCCCUUAAGGAUGACUCACGUUCUCGAUAUGGAGGACUUGGAUGGCUACCAGAACGGCAUCGUUCACCCACACAAGUGUACUAACUACAGCAUGAACCACGCUGUGCUGUUAGUUGGAUACGGUAUAGAAAACGGUACCCCGUAUUGGCUUGUCAAGAACUCCUUUGGCCCUUAUUGGGGAGAACAUGGCUACUUCCGCAUUCUACGAGGAGUGGGAGCGUGUGGUAUAGGCGUACAAUACACUGCUAUGACCACUGUGGCUCAACAUAAAAAACCGUACGUCACAGCGCACUCCACGCAUACGGUGUGACGUCUGCUAUAGACAUUCAAACAA